ACAUUGAUGAUAUAUGAUAUUAUUAUUCAAUAAAUUAUUCAAAAAUGAAUAGAUUAACUAUUUUUGUUAUUUUUAUAUAUAGUCUUGCACAUCAUUUUUUCACUGUUUAUUCUGAUGAGAAAAAUCUUACAGAUGAAUUUGAAGAUUCUUACUUUGGUAUAUUUAUUUCUCCAAGGAUUAACAUGAGUACAAAACGAGAAAUUGCACUUUAUUGGAAUCUUAAAAAAUAUCAUCGAGGAGACAAACUUGGAUUAUACACUGAAAAACCACGAGAUAAUUUAAAACCAAUUUUCAUUGUAGAACCAAACGUACCAUUUGGAUUAGCAAAAACUGGAGUGGAAGCUGAUUUUAUUCCAUCUGCAAAACUCAAUUUCACUAAACAAUGUUUAAAAUAUCACGUGGCUUGGUUGCGAUCCAAUUUGAUUAUAAAGGAAAAUUGUUUAAAAACUGAACCAACAUGGAUGGCAGACAUGAAGUGUAUUUUGGGAAAUCAUAAAAUGAGUGAAAUUUUUUUACCAGGAACACACAAUUCUGCCGCUUAUGAAACAUCACCUUCAUUAAUUCAAGAUUUUUUCUACAAUAAAUACAUUAUAACGCAGGACGAAGAUGUUCUUGGCCAAUUAAUAUAUGGAACACGAUAUUUGGAUAUUCGGGUUUGCUAUCGACCAAAAGAGAAAAUUAAAUGGUGGGGUUGUCAUGGAUUGGAUACAGUUCCAUUGCAAACAAUAAUUAAUGAUGUAAAAACUUUUCUCAAUAAUACAAACGAAUUAGUUAUCUUCGAUGUUCAAGAAUUUUCUUCAGAAUUUAAUGAAGAUCCAACAGCUCAUGACAGAUUGAUACAAUUUUUACAAGCUGAAUUUGAAAAAUAUGCAAUUCCAUAUUUGGGCUGGUAUCAAACUUUAAAUAACAUUUGGUCACACAAAAUGAACCUUAUAAUUUGUUACGAUCGUUUUAAUUUUAUUUUAAAACACAAUAUCUUAUGGCCAAGUGUUAGACAACAAUGGGGCAAUGUUCAAUCUAUUGAUAAAUUGUAUCAAUAUUUGGCAAAAAUUGAAAAAAAAGCAUUAAGUUCAAUAACAUAUCAGCCACGAUCAGCUAUGGCACAAAUGACUCCAAAUCCUUCAUAUAUCGUCAGAAAUAUUUUUGGAGGUCUUCGACGUAUGACUGAAGAAGUUAAUCCAAAUAUCACACGAUGGUACAAUAAUUUGUGGCAACACUCGGCGAAUAUUGUUUCUGUCGAUUUCAUUAAAUAUUCUGGAAUUGUUGACAUUGCUCUUAAAUGGAAUUAUAAAAGAUUUAACAGCAAAAAAUGUUUACGGUAACAAUUUCUAUAAUUAUUUUAAGGAAAAGAAUAGUAAAUUUAAAAUAUUCCUUGAUUUUUUAAUUCGAUAUCAUUAAAAUAAUAUAGAAAUCAAAUGUCGAUGAAAUUCACAACGUUUAUGAUCAACGAUUGAAAAAAAAAAUUUUUUUUAUCAGGAAAAUAGAAUUUUCAGACCUUGAAUCGACUUCAAGGCGCAAAAAAGUCGUUUUAGUCUAUUUACACAUUAGAAGCAAAGUCAAAAAAGUAGAUUUUAAAAAUUUUUUAUUUCUAUAAACCAUUGUUAAUAUUAAAAAUAAAUUUUACUAAUUCCUUAAUAAGAAUAAUUUCAAUAGUAAUUUAUCAAGAAAUUUUAUUUCGAUAAUAUUUGAAAAUUAAACC